AUGCGGUUGCAGGCCCUUCAACCCCCUAUACCUUCAGAGCUUGUGGAUGCGUUAGAUGCAUGCGAGAUACGAACAGAUCACGACUUGCUAUUUGGUGCUUCAACAGCAGACAUCAUUCGACGUUCGCCCCCCGGCACGAUCUCCUAUCAAGCUCUUCAAGCCUUACGCGCGAGUAUUCAGAAGUCCGCCAGCGCGGCAGGUGCUCGUGGCUCUGAUCUCUUGAUCGCCGAUCAAGCACGCAGAGCGACUUGCACGUUUCCUUUCACCUUCGGAGUGGAGGUGCUCGAUGAACUACUCCGGUCACUAGAGACCGCAUGCGUGGUGGAGCUAUCUGGAGACAAAGGGACAGGAAAAUCUCUUGUAGCGUUGCACCUGAUUUUACAACUUCUGUGCAGAAAUCCCCAGGCGAGCGCAUUAUGGGUGGACACUACGGGAGAUUUCGCAGCUGAGGAAGUUUCGGAUAUCAUAGCCGGAUUUGAUAGUGAGGCGAAAGCGACUGCAGCGCAGCGGCUCCAAGUAACACUGGCAUUUGACGUCGAAGCAGCACAUGAUGUGCUGGAUACUCUGCAGCAGUUAAUCUCCUCGGAGAGAAUGCCCGGUGAACACAUACGGAUUGUCGUCAUCGAUUCCAUCACGCCGCUGCUCGGUCCUGGGCUGAGUGCCGUGUCAUCCCAAGGUCACGCGGUGAUGAUAACGUUCAUGCGUCAGCUGCGUUCCUUAGCACGCUCUCUCUCGGCAUCUAUUCUGAUCGUCAACUCUGCAAGCUCCGCGAGGGCAAACUACGUCAUUCCUGCAUCUAUUCCAAAUAAUAAGAAGCCGGCUUUGGGUCCAUCAUUCACGUUUACAACAGAUACUUCGGUUUGGCUGACGAAACGGGACGGAGCCGACGGGCAAGACGCCGGUUUGUUCACCAUAGAGAUACUGCGAUCAAGAACCUCACGUUCGAGGAUUUGGAGCGCCUUUCGGGUGGUGCAAGGCAGGGUAGUGCCGUCAGAAUCCGCAUGAUCGGUGAGAGGGAACAGGAGGGGAACGGGAAGGAAACUGAGGGAACGUGGAGGGACAAUGCCAGCCCAGCGGCCCGUUCCAAAGAACGCGCAUCGCCUCAUUACGGGAUCCCGCAUUGACAGCUACAUUGGGCUUUGCAUGGCUUUGCGUAUGACGGCAACUACACAUGUGCCGCCGCCGUGGUCGACCGGCUCC